AUUAUCUAAAAAAUGACAAAUUAAAAGGAAAAAAAGGGGUCAGAGAGGAGACAGAUGAUCGUUUCUAUCUUUAACAUCAAUGUUUUUUUGUGCUGCACCAUGCAGCACGAUUGAGUUUCGUCACUUUCAAAUUUCAAGCUCCCCAUGUAUAUAUAUUUUAGAGCUAUCUCCAGCUAUAAAUACACUAUGCAAAUCCCGAAGUCCAGGUGUCAAACUGGAGAGUCUUGAAAUCGCCGACAUCACGCUCCUUCAUCCAUUCGAGCGGCUUGUUUUUCUUCUUCAAUUUCAUUUGUAAAGCACGCAUCUUCAAGCGUUCCUGAAGUAUGGAAGAAGCGCUUAGAAGGCUCGACGGAAUACCGAGCCAUACACUAGAAACCAUCCUACACGAACCCAUCAUCGCGGAUCUCCAGAAGAAAUCUGCACCUACCAACACGGCUAGCACCACAACAAACAAAAGGUCACUGAAAGAAAGUGGUGGGACUGGUGGGAACAUGAGGUACCGUGGCGUCCGCAGGAGGCCAUGGGGUCGUUAUGCAGCCGAGAUAAGGGAUCCUCAAUCUAAGGAACGGCGUUGGCUUGGCACUUUUGACACUGCUGAGGAAGCUGCUUGUGCCUAUGAUUAUGCAGCUCUAGCAAUGCGUGGUCUCAAGGCUCGGACUAAUUUCGUGUACCCAGAUGCUCAUUCUGCAACAGCUGACCCUGCUCAUAACUUGCUCCCUCCUUUUACUUUCUCAAAAUCAUCUCAUCAGCCCCCUCGCCCCUAUACUAUAUCCUCUUCAAAUUGCUCUUCUCUUGGUCACCCUCAUGUUGGUGACUUCUCUGCUGGUGGGUCUCCACCGCAUAGGAGUACUAGUGACAGUAUUGCUGGUACUUCUCUGAACAUGCUUUUUCUCCGUGAUUUCAUUCACUCCCCUUCAGGUUCGUCGUUUCAUAAUCAUCCCCAACCUUUUUCUGAUCACUCUCCAUGCAUCAAUGGGUCCUCCAAUUCUGAUCCCAGCAAUUUCUCUGGUGGUUAUUUGGUGAAUCCUUCUAUUAACACUAUUUCUAGUUCAUUUAAUAUCUCUUUAGCAGACUCAACUGUCACUACUCUACCGCACAUGGAGUUUCAUCAGAAUUAUAGAGCUCCUGGAGACCUGAAAAGGCCCGACGCUAAAGCUGAAGAGUUGGAAUUUUUUCCACAAGAACCAUCCGAUUCUGGUUUGUUGCAAGAGAUUAUUCAAGGGUUUUUCCCUAAACACUCCUCUGACAAGAUUGCGUCUUCAGAAAUCUCUGGAGAGUCAGUAGCUGCACAAACGUCUGAAAUAAUAUCUGUUAAUCAGUCACUAGAUGGGUCGAGAAGGGGCAUGAAGAAGUACUUCGUUAAAAAUGAGCACCAUGAUCCUUAUCUUGGUCAUCAAGGAAUAAGGUCGGGGCAGCUAAUUGAGGGUUGUUACAGUGGGGUUAGUUCUCAUGAACUUCCGCACUGUAAUGAGAUGUCAUUGAUCAAUCAUCAGAUGGGUCCGGACUCCAUCUUGGAUGACAUUUUUCAGUACCCAGAUCGUAUGAGUGCCUUUGCUGCCAGGUUCCAGAAUGUUUGAGGUCUUGUUUCGGUGCAACGUCUACAAGAUUUUUAGUUACUUAAUGUUUAGUUAUAGGACUUCAAUUCAAAAGAUUAUCUAGCUUAAGUUACCAUGAUUUCCUCUUGGAAAUUUUGUUAAAUUAAGCUGAUCAUUAUAUAUGUUAUAUAUCCUCUUAACUCUUGAAGUCUACCGGAACCGGGUUAUAAUGAAGUUAAUUUCGUGUUUUGUUUACAA